AUGACAUUUUCUCCCCAAAAGAAACUGAAUAUGAGCAUCAACCCGGAUGAGGCUGUGGCGUACGGCGCUGCGCUGCAUGCAGCCACCCUGUCCGGAGACAAGUCUGAGGAGGUGCGGGAUGUGCUACUGCUGGACGUCACGCCGCUGUCACUCGGCAUCGGGGUCACUGGAGAUAGGAUGUUUACUGUCGUCAAGCGUAACACGCCCAUCCCCACGAAGCAGACGUCCAUCCUCGAGACCAGCCAGGACAACCAGGAUUGUGUGGUGUUCCGAGUCUACGAGGGUGAACGAGAACAAACCAAAUACAAUAACUUGCUAGGCUACUUUAAGUUGACUGGUAUUCCCCGAGCUCGACGAGGAGUCAUUAAGUUUGAAGUUACCUUCGAUAUCGAUGAUAACGGCAUCUUGAAUGUGUCGGCAGUAGAGACGAGUACUAACAAUAAUAACAAAAUUACCAUCAAAGAUAAGGGUCGUAUUGGCCAGGAGUGCAUUGCGCGCAUGGUGGCAGAAGCAAAGGAGUUGAAGCGCAAGAAUAAUGCACGGAGGGAGAACUUCACUGCCAUGAAUGUUCUACAGAGCUUUUGCUCUGUGAAACAUUCAUGCACACAUGAAAUGCACUGAAAAACACAGAAAAUGCACUGAAAAACAUGCACUGAAAAUGCACUG